AUGCAAACACAAGUAUAUGAGGGGUUGUGUGAAAAUUAUUAUUCUCCUGAACCACAAAGACAUAGAAACAAAGUGCUUCUUUUGGAUAUACUGGCUUUUUUUCUUUCUUUUUUUCUUCUCUCUCUUCUAUUUCUUGUGGAUAUUAUGGCUACUAACACAACGAGUUCAGGGAGCCUAUGGCCAGAAAACUUUUGGGACGAGCUUAUAAUAUCCUUCACAGUGUCCAUGGCAAUUGGGCUCGUCAUCGGAGGAUUUAUUUGGGCUCUGUUUGUUUGUCUGUCUCGAAGACGAGCCAGUGCCCGCAUCUCACAGUGGAGUUCCAGUCGACGGUCUAGGUCUUCUUACACUCACGGCCUAAACAGGACUGGAUUUUACCGUCACAGUGGCUGUGAACGCCGAAGCAACCUCAGCCUGGCCAGUCUCACUUUCCAGCGACAAGCUUCCCUGGAACAAGGAAAUUCUUUUCCGAGAAAAUCAAGCUUCAGGGCUUCCACUUUCCAUCCGUUUCUGCAAAGUCCACCACUCCCUGUGGAAACUGACAGUCAGCUGAUGACUCUCCCUUCUUCCAGUACCUCUUCCACCGCCAACACUACUCACAGCCUGAGCCGUCCGGAUUUCCACUGGUCCAGUAACAGCCUGCGAGCUGGCUUUUCACCACCGCCCCCACCUCCCUAUGAGUUGAUCAUGAAAGCAUUCCCAGAUUCCUGAGUCGGGUGCUUUCAUUUUUCAUUUGUUUCUUUCUUGUCUUGUCUGUUCUUGAAGGGAUAUUACAAAUAACACUAAACAGAAUUUGGAGGAUGGGGCCCAAACCACCGAUGAGUUCCCAAGGUGAAAAAUGCUCACGCCAGUUGGACAUUAGGAUGCAAAACACAUUUCCUUCGAUCACAUUUUUCCUUGACUCACUAAAAAGUAAUAUUGUUUCCAAAUAGUUAGAUAUUUAUGUAUUUUGUAUUCAAUGUAAGGAUUAUUAAAGGUGGUGACUCUAAUCUAACAAUCAGCAGUGAUACAGCAUAUAUAUUCUAGACUAAAAUAAGGCCAAGGUAUUGCAGUUUAUAAUCUUCAUUCACUACCCAAUGUAAUUGUAAAGGGGAGAAAAACCAGUGUCACUUAAAAAAAAAUUUGUUUUUUAUCCAAAGGAAUUUUGAUUUUACUUUCUUUAGAAUGAAAAGUGAACCAUUUCACAAUCUUAGCUUUUAAUGGAUUAUGUGGGCACAAAAUGACAGAACACAGAAGAUUCUGAAGUUUCUUGAUUCCACUCGUCUAUGAGAAGUACGGG